CUAGUAGGCCAGCAGUCGGCGUCGAAAUCACAACAUGAGGAAGACUAUCAACGUUACUGUGCAAGAGCCGGAGGAAGGGAAGCCAAUAGAUGAGCCUGUGGACUUCGAAACAGCGAUUUCGCUAACAGGCUUCGGGAAGUUCAACUACAUACUGCUGUUGGUGGCGUUCCCCGCAGCCAUGAUCAGCGUCUUCGACACCACAGCAAUGGCUUACAUUCUGCCAGUGGCGCAGUGCGACCUGGGCCUGACCAACCUAGACAAGGGUGGCCUCAAUGCCAUCACCUACGCCGGCAUGAUCACUAGUGCGUUCAUGUGGGGCGGUCUCUCAGACACGCUGGGUAGGCAGCGCCUGCUGAUGAUCAGCCUCAUAUUGGAUGGCGUGUUGGCGGUCGCCUCUGCCUUCGCCGUCCAGCUGUGGGCAAUGUUCCUGCUGCGGUACUUCGUCGGUUUCAUUGGUUGCGGGGCCUACGCCAUGCUGAUGUCCUACCUGGCGGAGUUCCACAGCACCAAGUACCGCUCCCGCUGCAUCAUGUUCACCGGCAUCGGAGUCUCCACUGCCAACUACCUCAUCCCCUCCUUCGCGCUGGGGCUGCUGACGCAGCAGUGGGCGGUGGAGGUGGGUGGCGGCCUGGUGCUCAAGCCGUGGAACGUGUUCAUCAUGGCGUGCUCGCUGCCCGCUCUGCUAGCCGGCAGCCUCAUGUCCUUCUUCCCCGAGACGCCCAAGUUCCUCAUGUCCAAGGGCCGCAACGGGGAGGCGCUCGCCGUCUUCCGCAAGGUCUAUGCUCUCAAUACUGGACGCAGCCCGGACUCCUUCCCGGUGCAGCGGCUGGUGGAUGAGCUGGAACUGCGCAAAGCGUCUGUGGCGAGCACCAUGAGCAUCCACCAGAGCGCCAUCCAGAGCCUCAAGAACGCCUGGCGCCAGAUGCGGCCACUCUUCGUCAUGCCGCAGCUGCCCAAGGCUGUGCUCGUCUUCUCCAUACAGAUCCUCUGCUUGUUCAGCCUGAACACAAUUCGGUUGUGGCUGCCGCAGAUCUUCGCAACCAUGGAAGAGUUCCUGUACAUCCAUCAGACGGCGGAGGGUGUAGGUAUGGGCUCGCUUACAGUCAACGACAGCGUCAACUCGGUGUACCUGUGCGACAUGCUCACGUACCAGUCCUCACAGAAGGCAGACAACUCGUCGCUCGUCAGCAUGCUGGUGAACCUCGUCGAUGGCGACAUUCUCAAUGCUACGCAGGCCGUCGCCUCUGAGAUACCAUGUCUACCUACAGUGUCCAACAGCCGCUUGUAUAUCAACUCCAUCAUCGUGGGCGCGGUGUCGGCGCUGGGCUACAGCUGCGCGGGCCAGUUCGUCAACUGGCUGGGCUACCGGACUCUGAUGAUGAUUUGCUUCUUCUCAAGUGGAGCUUUCGGCAUCGGCGUCCAGUGGUCGACCAACGCCGACCUGACGCUAGCCAUGCUGUCGCUGUACCUGGCGCUCGUCGGCAUCUGCUCCACCUGCAUGAUGGGCGUCGUCGUCACCAUAUUCCCCACUUCUCUAAGAACCACGGCUGUCAGCCUGACCAUGAUGUUCGGCCGAAUUGCUGCUCUAUCGGGCAACGUCAUCUUCCCUGUGCUGCUGGACCUAAGCUGUCAGCUACCCUUCUUCCUUGUGAGCGGUGUCAACAUAGCCAACGCAGCUCUCACCCGGUUGCUGCCGGUCACAAAGGGAAGGACAUUAGCGUGAAGCGCAUGGAGUUAUUAACUGCUCAUGUUAAGAGGCGGGCAGUUCCGGAUGGCGCCGUCCGUGAGAUGCCAACCUUCCCCCUGCAGACACGUCCUACUUCAGCUGCUGGGUGCGCUGUACCACUUCAUAAACGUCGUGCUCUGGGAUACAUACAGGUCAACGGUCCCUCAACAAACUGAGGAACCUCUCAGCAUUGACAUGUACAUGUUUAACUUAUUUAUGACAAUAAAUAAUUGUAUUUAUUAUCUUGA